CAGACCGUCUAUAGCCUCUCAGUCAUGAUCCUACGGUCGGAGCUGCUGCUUCUGAUUCCUCUGCUCCUUUCUCCCGCAUGGACAGCAGAAACUCGAGCCUCGGAGUCCUCACGGCCUCGAGGCGUCGGGCCUGAGUUUGCCAAGUUCUACAAGAAAUCUGCAUCAGAUACAUUCACAUGCAUUUCGAACCCCUCCAUAACCAUUCCGUUCUCUCGAGUCAAUGAUGACUUCUGCGACUGUCCUGACGGCUCAGAUGAACCGGGAACGGCGGCAUGCUCUUAUCUUUCACCUCUUUCGCCUCAACAAUAUCAUCCCGGUCCGGACACAGCCUCUGCGUCAUUAAACACAACCCUAGCACUUCCUGGGUACUACUGCAAGAACAAGGGCCAUAUCCCAUCUUACCUACGGUUCGAGAGCGUGAACGACGGCAAGUGUGACUACGACUUAUGUUGUGACGGCUCAGAUGAAUGGGCACAUGUUGGCGGCACCAAAUGUGAAGAUAAGUGCAAAGAGAUUGGGAAGGAGUACAAGAAGAAGGAGGAAAUACAGCAAAAAGCUCUCAGAGCGGCGUUGAAACGGAAGAGCUCGUUGAGCGCAGACGCUGAGAGGCUGAGACGGGAAGUGGAGGACCGCAUUCAGACUCUCGAGACAACUCUAAAGGCACAACAGCUCAGAGUUCAGAGUGCGAACGACAUGCUCAUGGAUGUUGAACGAAGAGAGAAAUUGAGGGUUGUCCGGGGAGACGCAGCAGGCAGAGGAGGCGGCAAGCUGGGUGUCCUGGUCGGUCUCGCUAAGACUCGAGUCAACGAGCUGCGGGCCCAGCUCGAAAAGACGCAAGCACAGAGGGAUGCCAUGUUGAGCCGAGUCACGGAACUGGAAAGCCUCCUGGCAGCCCUGAAAGACGAGCACAACCCCAACUUCAACGACGAAGGCGUCAAACGGGCUGUUCGCGGUUGGGAAGACUAUGCAGCUCGAGAGACUGACGACAAUUGGACUGAGGCCGAGGAUCGAGAUCUGGCUGCGGUUCUGCAGGAAGACACGGAGACGAAUGGAAUCAACUGGGCUGAAUUCGAGAAUGAACCGUCAGGGGCCGAGUCUGAUGUUGCAGCGUUGUACAGCUUCAGCGCGUACCUGCCGGAUGGCGUCAAACUCUGGCUGGAUGAGAAGAUGACUUUGAUCCGGAAGACCCUUGUGGAGAACGGGAUUCUGGCCGACAACUCUGAUGCAGCAUCUCAGGCUGCGGAGAGCAAAGCCGUGCAGGAUGCAAAGAAGGGCCUCAGUGAUGCAGAGCGCGACGUCCGCAACACGGAGAACGAUCUCAAGCGCCACAGGGAAGACCUUGAGAAGGACUGCGGUCCGGACAAUGGCAUUUUCCGCGCGCUUAAAGAUACAUGCAUAUCUCGUGAUAGCGGCGAGUACGAAUAUGAACUGUGCUUCAUGGGCCAAACGAAACAGAAGUCGAAGAAGGGAGGUGGUCACACGGGCAUGGGCAAUUUUGUUGGCUUCGAUACCGAAUUCGUCGACGAGAGCGUUGGUCCUGAUGGAAAGGGGCUUGGUUCGGGUGAGCGAUUGGUCAUGAAAUAUGAGAACGGUCAGCAUUGCUGGAAUGGACCGUCGAGGUCGACCAGAGUCAUUCUCGCGUGUGCUGAGAAGGAAGAGAUCUGGAAGGUCAGUGAAAGUGAGAAAUGUGUCUACCGCAUGGAAGUUGGCACAGCUGCCGUUUGUGAGCAGGCAGCCCCAAGUAAAGGCAAGGCUUCGGCUGAGGAAGCGGAUGGGAAAAAGGAUGAAUUGUAAACCGGUGAAUUUGGCAGCGUCAAUAAGUCGGUGUAUACCACGACGGAAAAAUGAACCUUGCUGCACAC